AUGCCGGAGCCCGGGCCGGACGCCCCCGGCACUGCUAGCGCGCAGCCACCUCCCGCGCCCAAGGAGUCCCCGUUCUCCAUCAAGAACCUGCUCAACGGAGAUCACCACCGGCCUCCCCCUAAGCCGCAGCCGCCCCCACGGACGCUCUUCGCUCCGGCCUCAGCCGCCGCCGCCGCCGCCGCCGCUGCCGCGGCGGCCAAGGGGGCCCUGGAGGGCGCCGCGGGCUUCGCGCUCUCGCAGGUGGGCGACCUGGCUUUCCCCCGCUUUGAGAUCCCGGCACAGAGGUUUGCCCUGCCCGCGCACUACCUGGAGCGCUCCCCGGCCUGGUGGUACCCCUACACCCUGACCCCUGCCAGCGGCCACCUCCCGCGACCUGAAGCAUCGGAGAAGGCCCUCCUGCGAGACUCCUCCCCUGCUUCGGGCACAGACCGUGACUCCCCCGAGCCACUGCUCAAGGCCGACCCCGACCACAAGGAGCUGGACUCCAAGAGCCCGGACGAGAUCAUUCUGGAGGAGAGCGACUCGGAAGAAGGCAAGAAGGAGGGCGAGGCGCCGCCGGGCGCGGCCGGGACGAGCCUAGGGGCGGCGGCGGCGACGCCGGGAGCCGAGGACUGGAAGAAGGGCGCCGAAAGCCCGGAGAAGAAGCCCGCGUGCCGCAAGAAGAAGACGCGCACGGUCUUCUCGCGCAGCCAGGUCUUCCAGCUCGAGUCCACCUUCGACAUGAAGCGCUACUUGAGCAGCUCAGAGCGCGCUGGUCUGGCCGCGUCGCUGCAUCUCACCGAGACGCAGGUCAAGAUCUGGUUCCAGAACCGCCGCAACAAGUGGAAGCGGCAGCUGGCGGCGGAGCUGGAGGCGGCCAACCUGAGCCACGCGGCGGCGCAGCGCAUCGUGCGGGUGCCCAUCCUCUACCACGAGAACUCUGCGGCCGAGGGCGCGGCGGCCGCGGCCGCGGGGGCCCCGGUGCCCGUCAGCCAGCCUCUGCUCACCUUCCCGCACCCCGUCUACUACUCGCACCCAGUGGUCUCGUCUGUGCCGCUGCUACGGCCCGUCUGAGGCCCGAGAGGGGUGGAGAAGGGAGCGCCCGGCCCCCUUCCCGACCCUGGAGGAGACUGGGCCGGGCCGAGGGCGCCAAGAUGUCCAGCGGCCUUCGGGAACCAGGGCUUUGGCGCGCUGCCCCGGCCUCCCCUCUCCCAAAUGGUAGCGUUUUGUAAGUAUCUGCAAUGCAUUUUCGUGCAAUUCACCCAUAAUGGAUUUGAGGCGCUUCCCCUCUUACUUUUGGUUUUGGUUUAUAUUAAGAGAGAGCAGAAAAAAGAUAAAAUUCCCGGGUCAAAUAUUUCAGCCGAAAGCUUUUGUAAUAUGAGGAACCCUUCCCCAAUAUUUACGUUGCGCUGUGGCUUUUUGGUUUUGUUUUUAUAGAAGGAAAAUAAGGGCAAAAACCUGAACCCCUCUAGCUUAUUCAGUUUCUAUAGAACUAUUUUCAGAAGGGGGGGGGAGAGAGAGAGAGAGAGAGAGAGAGAGAGAAUUUACUCACACUGUAGUGCUUUUAUUUCUGUGGUUCUUCCUCUCCACCCUCAAUGGGUUAUUCUCCCCAAUUUUCAGAAUCUGAGCAGUCUCUCAUGAGAACCCCAGCUCAGGCUGCAUUUCUCUCUGGCAAGGUCUGUGGCAGUUGACCUCUUCAUCUGUCCUGCUUUGUGAUGGAAAAAUUCUCUAAUUAAGUGCUUAAAGGGAAAAGACAAGACAGCCAAAAAUCAGACUUCUGAUUACUGAAACAGUUCCACAUCUGGCCCAGCGUGAGUGGUCCUAUUUAUUAGUAGCCUUUUGGAAAUUUCACUUGUUGGUAAAUUAUUAUUAAUAAUAUUUCUAUUAUUCUUCAUUCCCUGUUUUGAGAGAGUGAUUUCAAUAUUUAAAAACACCCUGUACCUUUUAUUCCCUACCUUUUUGUUCUGCAGUAACGGUUGUACUUCUGACCUGUGCAAUAUUCUACAAAAUUUCCCGAGGGCUCUGCUCUUCCUCCACGGAGAGAAGCAGACGUUUUCACUGUAUAAUCCCAGUCAUUCGUUUAGGAAGGGAGAAUCAAGAAGGAGAAAGGGGGGAAGGAAGGAAACAAGGAUAGGCAGCAAUGCUCAAAGGAGUAAGAUAGGAUGCUGGAGCGCUUUAAGUGAAGGACAAUCAAUUUAGGAGAAUUUUAACUUAUUUGAUAAAUGUACAGAUUUCUUGUAAAAUUCACCCUCAAUUCUGUAGGGCUUCCUUGCUCUGCCAUCCAAUGUGUUUUCUUUCUGUGAGCUACACCUGUUGUUCUGCGAUAGUUUGUCCCCCCUACCCCCACCCAUCUCCCCACCUCUGCCCCAGUUCAGUCCCUUUUUAAAAAAAGAAAAACAGAAACAAAAUAUUGUUACACUAAAUGUUGUCGUGAAAUUGAAUUAAUUAAAAAGAAAAGCGAAGCGUUUCGUGUUGCCAGCGUGUGUAACUUUGGACGGUUUCCCCCAGAGCAGGUGUCUGGGAGACUCUUUCCUGCCUGGCUCUGGCUGCCUCUGCGCUCGCGGAGUCCGACCUAGACGCACACAUCCCUAUAAUCUAGGAGGCGGCGGAGACAGAGGCGGCUUUGUUCGCAACCAGGGCCGGUCUCUCCCCUGUAUCUUACCGGGCUUGAAAGGCCCUGCGAGCAGGGAAGAAUGCGGGGCGGAAGGGGCGAGGACCUGGGCUUAUCUAGUUUGCGAAAUUGAGCCAAGCGGCAGCCACGAGCUCAGAGACAGCUGGUAUUUCCGAACUGAGGGCUGCAGCCUCGCAUUCCGUUCCCAGACCACAGUUCCUUCGGGAGCCGCGAGCUUCCGGGACGGACAUCCCUGGGCACUCGGCAGCGGGCCUGAAGCGUGGCUGGCUCCGCGGGUAGUGGGGAGGUAAGAAGAGAGUGAACUUAGAGUUGAGAUGAGGCCACAGGCGGAUCGCGAAGUGCAGCUGGGAGAGCCCUGGCGGUGCGAGGGCAGCCCGGGAAAGCCAACCAGUCCUAGGGACCGCGGCUCCCAGAUCCGGGACACAGCGGCCUCCGCAGGCCUUGAGGAACUGUGGGGAAGCUCGGGGGUGGGUGCAGUCCUGGUGUGUCCAGUGCCAGGGAACAGAGACCACCCGACUGUGGCUGCGACGACCGAAAGGAUCUUGCCUCUUAACAGCGGGGCCCUUUACUGCGCACCGGCGCCCAACACAUCAAGGGCAGCCUUUCUAGGUUUCCUGCCGCCGCCUGGAAGCGCAACGCUAGAUGUUCCCACGCGCCUGCGGCGCGCCAGGCCACCGCGCUGGUGGUGGUGGGCCAUCUGCCGAGGCGCGGCGCACGGGGAGCGGCUGGGGAGCGCGGGUCCGCCCGGCGGAAGCAGGUGCUUAGGCGCCCCUCGCCAUCCCCGCGGCUCCCUGCCUUAGAGCAUGGGGUCUGCAAGCCCAACUCCUGACAGGGCGCGGUUUGAAGCUGGGAAGCCAGAAGGGGGAGAUGAGGAACCCGGAGACCGUGAAGACGGCGGAGAGCACACGCAGGGCGCGCCCACUGGGGAGCGCCUCCACGCGCUUCCAGUCCCUCUCCUAGUGCUUUGCUAGGUUUCUUAAACCCAAUCGACGCAAUUGAUUCUACUAUGGCCGAAACGUCCACUAUCGUUUUCUAUUGAUAGGAAACUGCCCCAAAUAAACUGGCAUGAGUA